UCUCUGCAUAUAGCUGAAAUUCUCAGACCACCAAGCCAAAGUUGUUUCGGCCUCAUCGUCUGUGGACGUGUAUGGCGCAGGUAGGCUACGUCCAUCCUUGCGUUUACCGUUAUCAACUUGACGUCAGUGGAGAAGUUUACGCCCGAACUAAAGUGACUUCUUCCAGCACCAUGGAUGUCGUCGUGUGUACGAGGUCGGACUUUAGAUGUCUUUCCACCGGUCAAACGGUCCCUGAUGGAGAUGCUGAGGUGCAGACAGCCGGGACAGGUGAUGCAGGGUGCAGACUGGUGGAGACGGUGUUACACGGCGGAGCACCCUGGGGAUUUACUUUGAGAGGAGGUCGAGAGCACAGGGAACCGCUCGUCAUUACCAAGGUAGAGGAGGGCAGCAAGGCGUGUUUGGCAGGUGUGGAGGUUGGGGACGAGAUGACAGCCAUCAAUGGAGUUCCCCUCACCGGCUACAGACAGGAGGCCAUAUGCCUGGUCAAGGGGACACACAGGACUGUCACACUCACACUCAGGAGAAGGAAUGAUUCUGCGAGUAGACCACACUCCUGGCACGCAUCCAAACUGGUGGAGAGCCAGCCUGAGACCGAGAAGAUCCCACAGAACCCAGAACCGGAGCCAGUAUGGCAGGCAAAGCACAACAUAAGCUCUUCCUCAAAUGAUGUGUCUAAAUGGGACCCAGCAAAGCAGCAUCCAGUUCCCAGCCAGAUCACCCCGCCGCAGGACAUGGAAGCUGUGGACGUCCCUUCUCAGACCUCCUCUUCCUGCACCUCCACCUCUUCCGCCUCGGCAUCACAAUCCCUAUCCAAGCACCUUAGCGCCAUCAACCUCUCCUGCACGGGCCCCAACCGCAAGCGAGACCCUCCACAGCCACACGCCCCAAACUCCCUGUCUGUGAGUCCCAGUAACCUGGACCACAACCUGUCCAAGAACCAGGCGGCGUCCAUGGAGUGCAUGUUCUACCGUGGGACCCAGGCGGUGGGGGAGGCCGUGGGGCACCCGGAGCGCCCCCGCUACCUGCACCUCCCCAUGGGGAACGGUGGCCGGGUGAGCCCCCGUCUGGAGGACCAGGUGGGCACCAGAUACUCCUCCUCGUCCUCCUCCUGCCCUGCAGCUGGAGGAGGAGGGGUCAGCGGAGGAGUAGUAGGAGGAGUAGUAGUAGGGGGAGGGAGGAUGAACAUCAGCCCUGUGUGGCACGUUCCGGAAAACAAGAAGGGGUCUUCGUCUCCCCCACCUCCUCCGCCGCCCACCCGCAGCGAUAGUUACGCGGCAACAAAAGUCCAUGAGAAAGCGGCGCCCGUCCCCCACCCACAGGGCGGUUCUGCCACCUACCCACAGCAGAAGGCCCUGUCCAGGUCCACGGAGAGACUGUUCAGACCCCCAGAGAACUUGCAGGUUCCAAUGAAGGGUGGAGUGAGACACUCAACACAUGGAUUCCCCACAGCGCCACCAGGGGCUCAAGGGGACAUCCACAACCUCCUUCAUCUCCACCCUGCAGCGGACCACAAUGCCAACCUUCUGCCCCCUAAUAACCCCAGUAAACUCAGCUCCUUGUCCAGCACUGACAUACGGGGUCCAGGUGGUCUGGCCGUGCCUGGAGCCUCAGGACCUGACCAUAAGCGCCAACAUAGCGACGAGAGCCACUUCAAUCUGCACCCCAAAAGUGCAUUAGCGGGGGCCCAGAAGAUGCAGAGCGUCGGGGGCUACUACCGCAGUCUGCAGGACCUGCCCGCUAACCUGUGUGGUGGUGGCGGUGGCCGAGGCACCAAGGGCAGAACCUCGGCCUCCUCGCUGUCCAGCACCGCUCUGGACCAGAGACCGGAUCAUCAUCAUCAGAAGUCGGACCAGAACCAGGGAGGAGGAGCAGGGGGAGGAGGAAGUUCGAGGUACUACUACGCACCCUAUCACCAGCAGCAACAGAUAUACUCCAUGUCUGCCCCUCAAGGUUCAAAGUACCUAGCGGAGUCUUGGAGAAGUGACUCGGACAGCCCACAAACGGGUAGCGGGAGUGAGAAGAGUGGUGGUGGCAGUGGGUCUCAGCGAGCAGUCAAGAACAAGUACUCUACUGGCCAUCACGGACAUGGACAGGGACAGGCUUACAACGGGUACAGCAAACCCAUGAGCCCUCCUCAGGAAUCAGAAGCAGGGGCAUCCAAUGUUUGGAUGGCUCGUUCGAUCUCUGACGAGAGGAAGGCUGGAGGUGUUGGCAUUGGCGGUCACUGUCAAUCACAUAGCGAGCCUGGAAGAGCCGCUUCUGGUGCCUCUCAGUUGCACCACGAGCCUCUGUCGGACCCACUGUGGGUGACACAGCAAGAGGGCCGCAAGAUCUGCCCCCAGCAGACCCCACUCCUCCACAGCCUUGCCCAGGAGAGCAAGCUGCUGACUGGGAAGCGUUCACCGCCCUCAGCCUCUUGCACUUCCACCACCACCAGUACCUCUACCGGUGCCACCAUGGAUGCCACAACCACCGCAAACAGUGUGAACUCCACCACCACAGCUGGUGGCUCCAUACCCAAUCAGGGUUCUCCAGAUCCGGGCGGCAACAAGCAAGGCCGCCGUAGCGACCGAUAUGCCACCACCUUACGCAACGAGAUCAUUAUCAAGCGCGCUCAGCUGCAGAAGAGCCGGAGCGCGGCGGCGCUGUCCUGCCCCGGUGAGGCGGACGAGGAGCAGGAACAGGAGGCUGGGGGUGUGUGGAAGUCGGCUGAGACCUCCACCUCCUCCUCGGAUGGAUCCUUCUCCAACACCUACAAGGACCACCUGAAGGAGGCACAGGCCCGGGUGCUGCAGGCCACCUCCUUCAAGCGGAAGGACCUGGAACUUCACGGAGGAAAUGAGGUUGCCGGGGUCGGGCACGGGAACUUGAGCGUUGCGGAGAUCCUGACGGGCAAGGCGCCAGGGAAUCACGUGUCGCGCAUCGGCGGACGGAAGCGCUUCCCGGCAGGCAAGCGAGUGCACUCGUUCUCCGAGCCGGACAAGAUCAACGAGGUGGGCGUGGAGGGCAAGGGCCUCCUCAAGCUCGAGCCCCUUGGGUCGUUCGUUGACCGCAGGAUGUUUUUCGAGGGUGUUACUCAACCGCUUUUUACCAGACCAUCUGGCCAGAAACCAGGACCACUGAGCUCUCCAGAGGAACAUGCCAAUGGUGCGGGUAAGGCCAAGGGGAUGGGCACACCAGCCGAUUGCCACCAUCAUGGAGGCCACACUAGGGACAACCACCACAAACAUCAGUCAGGGAAAGAUCAUGGUUGGCCCAAGCCAGACCUGUUGGAGCAGCAGAGGCAGCGGCUGGGCACGUUUGCGGAAUAUGAGGCCACCUGGAACCUGCAGAGAAAGCAGGUCGAGGGCGCAAAGAGUUCCGGAAGGUACCGCUCGGCCGAGAACAUUCUGGAACCGUCGGCAGAGGAGUGGAACCAGGCGGCAUGCGUCCACGAGAGGUCCAGGUCGUCUCCCUCGGCAGACUUCUAUGAACAGAAACUCCCUCUACCAGGCAGGAAGACCCAUGUGGAUCAGACAGUGGAGGCUCACACCAUGGGUGUGCAACCAGAGAAAGGCCAAGUCGAGGGUCCCUCCAACGCCCACGAGCCACCAUCAUCCAGGAUCUCCCCUACCAAACAAGACACACCGACCGCCCACCCCCACAUCACCACCACCAACCCCACCCACCACCACCCAGCAACCAGCACCCCAGAGCCCCCGCCUUACAACGAGCACCUGAGGCACGUGGGUGUCACUGCUGCCCUCAACCCACACAACCACCACAACCACCACAAGAAGAAGGGGGUCGCAACCUUACCCCAAAGGCACUCCCCACCUCGGGUAGAUCCCCCAGGCCCUGCGACUGACCAAGCCACCAGCCUGACCCCCCAAAGGGACCACACUGACCCCCAUACAGGCCACACAUCCCGAGUCAAGUCUCCAGGCUUCGAGCUGGGAUCGGCGCCCAAUAAUGCUGUGACAGGGCCGAUGCCCACGGUUCCCAACAUCGGACCGGGCUCGGAGGGGCACCCACAGGUUUCUCCAUGCCCAGAUCGAGAGCUGCUGCUGGGGAUGAGUAGAGGCAGCAGAGGGUGUCUGGAUGAGGAGUGGAGAGCCUUGCACCAGACUGCUGUGGCAGCCCUAGAGCCUUCAUCCCUGGCCUCUACUCAUCAUCCUCAUCAUCAGCAGCCCCAUUCUCAUCAUCAUCCUCUUCCUCCAUCAUCAUCGUCCUCUUGUCCCUCUGGUCAUAAGAGUGGUGGUGUUAAUACUGCUGCUUCUCUGACAGUGAGCCAGAAUGUGAAUCGCUCACCCUCCCCUCAGUUUGCACCACUGAGGCUGACGGACAAGCCCCCCACCCACGCACAGGACAAUGUGCCCAGCAGUAAUAUGAGCAAUGGAGUCUGGGAGCCCAGUCACACACCCACCACCAACUCCACCAACAGCAAGAAGGUCCCGGUCAGGAUCCUCCACGCCGAGACCAGUCUGGAGAGGAAGGGCCGCAACUACCUGCUGGACAACGGAGGGGGCCCCCACCCCCAGAGCGGAGCCCCACAGACACAAAGCACCUUCCCCACCUCUCAGGAGCACGCCUACUCCCUCUUCUGCGCCUACUCACAGCUGCAGCACCAGCGCGAGGUACAUCACGACAAGGAGUCACCCAGGGUCAGCAGUUCACCUCCAGGGGCUCCUAGCCACCAAGAAGCCCCAACAGGACUCACCCAAAAUGGGCAGGCGAUGAGCCCUAGCCUGGGCUCCACCACCACACACUCUGGGGACCUGUGCCUGGACGAGGAGGCCAAGAGGGAGGAGCUGGCCCGGGACAUCAUGGGCAAGGACAAGUCCCUGGCGGACAUCCUGGACCAGAGCCGCAUGAGGACCACCAUGGACCUGAUGGGGGGUAUCUUCGCCCCCGCAGGGGAGCAGGUGCCCCGGGGGGAGGGGGGCAGCGCGCAGCUGAGACGGAGGUCCACACCCAGGCAGACGUCCCCACGCAACUCGGACGAGAGCAGGAGGGUGGAGGAUGACUUGGCCACGGCCGUGUCGGUGGUGAGCAGCUCAUCGUACUACAGCACGUCGGCCCCCAAAGCUGAACUGCUGAUCAAGAUGAAGGACAUGCAACAGGACAUGGACACACAGGAUUCAGAAGACGAACUAGACCAGGACCUCUCCAGCAAGAAGCAAGAGUUGAUCAGCAGUCUGAGCCAGAAGCUGCAGGUUCUUCAGGAGGCCCGGGAGAGUCUUCAGGAGGACGUCCAGGACAACAACGCGCUGGGCCAGGAGGUGGAGGCUACCGUGCAGGCCGUCUGCAAGCCCAACCAGCUGGACAAGUUCCGCAUGUUCAUCGGGGAUCUGGACAAGGUGGUCAGCCUGCUACUGUCGCUGUCCGGCAGGCUGGCACGCGUGGAGAACGCUCUCAAUAACCUGGAGGAAGGAGCACUGCCAGAGGAGAAGCACUCCCUGACGGAGAAACGGCGGCUACUGAUUCGCCAGCACGAGGACGCCAAGGAGCUGAAGGAGAAUCUGGACCGGCGGGAGCGAUUGGUCUACGACAUCCUAGCCAGCUACCUCAGCCCCGAGAGCCUGGCCGACUACCAGCACUUUGUCAAGAUGAAGUCAGCCCUCAUCAUAGAGCAGCGCAAACUGGAGGACAAGAUCAAACUGGGAGAGGAACAACUCAAGUGUCUGAAGGACAGCCUGCCCCUGGAGCAGAGACUGAUGAUGUGAUGGGGGGAGAGAAGGAGGAAGCAGGGCAAAGAGGGAGAGAAAGAGAGAAGGAGGCAGCGAGGGAAGGAGGGAGAAAGGGAGAGAGAGAUCCUGGGAGGCUGCCAGCACUUUGUCAAGAUGAAGUCGGCACUCAUCAUUGCACAGCGCAAACUGGAAGACGUCAUCAAACCAAGUGUCUAAGAGACAGCCUUUACCCUGCACGAGAGGUUGAUACUGUGUGGGACGGAAAAGAGAGAUGGAAAGGAAAAUAGAGAUGUAGGGAGGGAUAGAGAGCCAUGGAGGGAUGGAAAGAGAGAAAGAAUGAGGAAAGAAGGAUAGAAAGACAUUGUUGAGACAUAUAGGGACAGGAGGAAGAUGAACAACGGAACGACACCGACUGAAAGAGAGGGGGAUCAUGGAAAUAAAGAGAGUGAAAAGAGAUAGGGAAAAAAAGUGUUGCUGAUUUGUGACAAUACCUAAUUGGAUAUACCUGUACGUAUGUGACUGGGAACUUACAACAAAAGAGGACGUUUUGACAGAACAAAAGGAGACCUUCACAGACGUGGAAGUCAUGAAUCACAAAAACAGAAUGUGACUCUCAAUUUGUUUGCUUUUAUUAUAAAAACUGUUGCACAUGCAAACGUUGCUUUUCUCAAAGGGAGAUGGUUUGUGGGGGGGGGGGGUACUUAGAGAAGGGAUGGGUGUAGUCUGUGAGAUCCUAGUCAAGUUUCUAAGCAAUAAAAUAUAAAACAAGCAACAAGCUUUUAAUGUAGGAUACACGACUGGAUUGAAGAUGUGUUUAUUACAUUUUGACUGUCCUUAAGAUGUAUGUUUGUCUCAUUCUUCUGAAA